AUGGCGGCACAACAGGAGUCGCUGUUCCGGUCGCAGGACAUGACCCUGACCCAGCUCUACGUGGCUAAUGAGAUUGGGCGGGAGGUCGUGUCUGCGCUGGGAGAGCUGGGCUCCAUGCAGUUCCGCGAUUUGAACCCCGAUACCACCGCCUUCCAGCGCACCUUCACGCAGGAGAUUCGCCGCCUGGACAAUGUCGAACGCCAGCUCAACUACUUCCGCUCCGAGAUCGAACGCAACGGCAUGGAGAUGCGCUCCAUCUACGAGUUCAGCAACACCAUGGCAGCCCCCUCCGCUUCCGAGAUCGAUGAGUUGGCAGACCGCAGCCAGCAGCUGGAGCAGAGAAUCGCCAGCUUGAACGAGAGCUAUCAGACUCUAAAGAAGCGAGAGACGGAGCUGACGGAGUGGCGGUGGGUGCUGCGAGAGGCUGGCGGCUUCUUCGACCGCGCCCGUGGUCAGACGGAGGAGAUCCGGCAGUCCAUCGAUUCUUCCGACGAUGCACCUCUUCUACGCGACGUUGAACACGCGAACGGAUCGACCGAAGGCGGAGGCCAGAGCUUUAGUGUUAUGAAUAUUGGCUUUGUAGCUGGUGUCAUCCCACGCGAGCGCAUGGGUGCCUUUGAGCGUAUUCUCUGGAGAACGCUUCGUGGCAACCUUUACAUGAACCAGUCGGAGAUCCCAGAUCCUAUCAUCGAUUCGGAGAAGGGCGAAGAGAUUCACAAGAACGUGUUCGUCAUCUUCGCACACGGGAAAGAGAUCAUCGCCAAGAUCAGGAAGAUAUCAGAGUCUUUGGGCGCGGACAUAUACAACGUGGACGAGAACAGCGAGUUGCGCAGAGAUCAGAUUCACGAAGUCAACAGUCGCCUGCAGGAUUUGGGCAAUGUUCUUGGCAACACCAAGCGCACACUUGACGCGGAGCUUACGCAGAUUGGCCGUUCUUUGGCUGCAUGGUUGAUUGUCAUCAAGAAGGAGAAGAGUGUCUAUCAGACCUUGAACCGCUUCUCGUACGAUCCCGCUCGCAAGACACUGGUGGCCGAAGCCUGGUGCCCAACCGCCCAGCUUGGUCUGAUCAAGUCGACUCUUCAAGACGUCAACGACCGUGCCGGGCUAUCUGUACCGACCAUUGUCAACCAGAUCAAGACUUCAAAGACACCGCCGACUUACAACAAGACAAACAAGUUCACCCUCGGCUUUCAGACCAUCAUUGAUGCGUACGGUACUGCAAAGUAUACUGAGGUCAACCCAGGUCUGCCAACCAUCGUCACGUUCCCAUUCCUGUUCGCUGUCAUGUUUGGUGACUUUGGUCACGGUGCAAUCAUGACUCUUGCAGCAGUGGCCAUGAUCUACUUCGAGAAGCCUCUGCAGCGCGGCAAGCAGGACGAACUGUUCGGCAUGGCAUUCUAUGGACGUUACAUCAUGCUCAUGAUGGGCAUAUUUUCUAUGUAUACUGGACUGAUAUACUGCGAUGCUUUCUCGAAAGAGAUCCCGCUCUUCAAGAGUAUGUGGGAGUGGGAGUUCCCGGACAACUACGAGCCAGACAAGACAACAGUCACUGCCAGGCGAAUAGAAGGUUACACUUACCCCUUUGGACUCGACUGGAAAUGGCAUGACACCGAGAACGACCUACUCUUCAGCAACAGCUACAAGAUGAAGCUGUCCAUCAUUAUGGGCUGGGCUCACAUGACAUACUCGCUAUGCCUCUCCUUUAUCAACGCUCGUCACUUCAAGUCACCGAUCGACAUUUGGGGCAACUUCGUGCCCGGCAUGAUCUUCUUCCAGAGCAUCUUUGGAUACCUGGUGCUCACCAUCAUCUGGAAGUGGUCGGUGGACUGGUUCGCCAUUGGUGAGCAGCCACCUAAUCUCCUGAACAUGCUUAUCUACAUGUUCUUGUCGCCCGGUACGGUCGAGGAGAAGCUGUACAACGGACAAGGUUUCGUUCAGGUUGUGCUGGUUCUGCUGGCAGUGAUUCAGGUUCCAAUCAUGCUGUUCCUCAAGCCUUUCUACCUCCGUUACGAGCACAAUCGCGCUCGCGCCAAGGGCUACCGUGGCAUCGGAGAGACCACGACUGUCUCGGCUCUUGAUGACGACGAUGACGCCGACCACCCUGGUGAGAAUGGAAGACCAAGCUUUGCUGAGAGCGACAUCGAUGGUGCCAUGAUCACCCAGGAUAUCGGGGGCGGCGAGGAAGGUCACGAGGAGUUUGAGUUCAGUGAAGUGAUGAUCCACCAAGUCAUUCACACCAUCGAAUUCUGCCUCAACUGUGUCUCCCACACCGCCUCAUAUCUGCGUCUAUGGGCGUUGUCACUGGCUCAUCAGCAGCUUUCCAUUGUGCUUUGGAGCAUGACCUUGGCCAACGCCUUUGCCUUCGAAGGUGCCACUGGUAUUUUCGUCAUCUUCCUCGCUUUCGUCCUCUGGUUCUCCCUGACCAUCGCCGUGUUGGUGGUCAUGGAAGGUACCAGCGCCAUGUUGCAUUCUUUGCGUCUGCACUGGGUCGAAGCAAUGAGUAAGCAUUUCAUUGGCGAGGGUAUAGCUUUCGAGCCCUUCUCGUUCAAGGAUAUGCUGGAAGAGGAAAUGACGGAGUUAAAGUAG